UGUGGUUUUAUGUAGUCUGGGCGCAUCCGAACGCUAGGCGAGAAAAGCAGGAAAAGCCCUUUCACGCCAUUGAAAUACACGGGAGUGGAAGGUGGGGAAAGGACAGUUGCACUGUGACCCCACCCCACUCUAGGGACUGUCCCACCUGCAUAGGGAUAGACACAUGCAAGUGCCUGUGGAGUCACGACAAGUAACUUUUUUCCCUUUCUGCAGCUGAACUGGGUGCAAGUUUGGCUCGUGGAUGCAGGACCACACAACACGCGCAGCAGGAGCCCGGUGUCAAAGCACAGCCUAAUCUAGAGUCAGCGGGGAAGGGGAGGUUUGAAGGACAUGAAGACAGAUCAGAAGCGGCGUAGCGCUUGGGUCCAGCUCUUACGUGGCUCCCAGGCCCUGGGGGUGGGGGGACUGAGACCAGCCGCCCCUCUCUGUAAACUCAAGCCUAGUGGAAAACCCGGAUCCGCUCGGAAUCCUGGCGCCGGGCUCUGCCCGGGACUGUGUAAAUGGAUCCCGCCGAGUCCCAGCUGUUCCACUGGCUGCGCGGCCCUCCGGGUUUUGUACCGUGGCGGCGCCGAGCAGCUGCCCCAACUUGUAGCGAGCCGAGCGGAGCGGGCAGGGGGACGGGCUUUGCCGGCGGCGUUCCCUGGUGCCCUGGUCUCUGUGACCUUCUCUUUGGUACCUUCCCUCUGACUGGACGUGGUGAGCAGAAGGAUGGAGCACUGUGGACUCUUGUCAAAGACCAAGCCUGUUCAGGGAAGAGGCCAGUGAGCUGCAGUCUGACCAUCAUAGCUGGACAAUGAAGCUGAACGAGCGAAGUGUGGCGCAUUAUGCCACAUGUGACUCUCCAACAGACCAUGCCGGCUUCCUCCAUAAGCGUGUCGAGCGGCACCACCAUCACCACCACCACACCACUUCCUACCACCGUCGCUGGUUCAUCCUCAAGGGCAACCUGCUGUUCUAUUUUGAAGAUCGUGAGAGCCGGGACCCUUUGGGGCUUGUUGUGCUGGAGGGCUGCACCGUGGAACUGUGCGAGGCUGCCGAGGAAUUUGCCUUUGCCAUCCGCUUUGAUGACGCUGGCGCCAAAGCCUACGUGCUGGUGGCUGACUGCCAGGCCACCAUGGAGGGAUGGGUGAAGGUGCUUUCGCGAGCCAGCUUUGAUUACAUGCGUUUGGUGGUGAGAGAGCUGGAGAAGCAGCUGGAGGAUGCCCGUAAGAGCUUGGCUGCCUGCCACAAAUCUCCAAGGAAGUCGUCAUCUGGCAGAAAAAGGCAUUUGUCCAGUCCUGCUAUGGCACUUGUCCAGGAACAGCCUCCCAUCUUGGAGAACGGUUACUCCACAUGGGGCAGUGGUUACAUCCCUGCAGGGACCUCCUGCUCUGAUCACGAUGGGGGGUGUCCCAAACCCCCGCCCCUGCCUCCUCGCCGGCGCUUGGCAGCUGGCAGUGGAUGCGGAGCACUCGCCACUGGCCUCUCUUUGACUGGGCAGGAAAGCCCUGUGUCUCCGGAGACAGCCUGUUUCUCCAAGCUACACAACUGGUAUGGUCAGGAGAUUGCGGAGAUAAGGAGGGAGUGGCUGGAGAGCCAGAGGAGUGGGGAACUGUGAAAGGCAAGGCAUGGAAUGACAUCAAGCCCAUUUUGACACUAUCGUUGUUGUGCUUGGUGACCUCUCCCCCAUCCAGGAAAAUAGCCAAAUAAGUGACAAUGUUUUCUCUCCUUCCUUUCUGGAAUCAUUGCAUGCUGGGUAGGUGUGUGAGUGUGGGAUCUAGCAGAGACACAGAUCGUCCCAAGACCUCGUUUUCAUCUUUGGGGCCUCAGACAAUGUAUGUUCCCUUGAGGAAUAUUGCAGCACGGCUUUAAAAUGUCAGGAACUCUAUAUUUUGAAUCUGGGAUGCAGAUUGUAGAGUGGGUGAGGUGGGGUGUGUGUGACCAGACUUGCAUACACAAAAUGGUCAUCGCUCUGCUUCAGUUCAGGUGGCUGUUUUUACUGCCUACCAAUCUGGAGUAGUGGAUGGAGUGGUUUGUUUUACUGUUAAGCCUUCUGUGAGUAAUCAGUUACGAUGUAUUGUCAGCAACUGAAUAUUUGCUUAGGUUAGAGGUAAGGAGCAUCUGUUGCCUGUUAGCUUUUAGAAAAUGGCUUCUUAUGUCACCCUCACAUUCCUUCAAACCCCAGAGUAAUCAGUGGUGAAUUAAGACUGGAUUGAACAGAGUGGCUGAACUGGGCCCUUUGCUCUGAAGAGUACCUGAAGGUUUACCUCUCGCACUACUCACUGGCCUGGACUCAAGCAGAUUUGGGGCCCCGUUGUUUUGGCUGGUCCCUGGGUCCCUGAUGGUGCUUUACCCCAGUCUCAGUCUAUCUGAUUUGAAUGGGCUCAGAUUUAUUGGAUAUAGGACUCCCAGCCUUCAAAACUAGGAUCAGAUUCUUACACAGUAUAUCCAGUAAGGCAUUAUAGUGUGGGUUGGCUAAAGAGCAGAAACAUAAAAGGCAACCAAAGGAUUCUGGAUCAUAUGGUUGUAUCAAGCAUGAGGGUAGGUGUGACUCAAUAACCAGUAAUUAUAUACACAAGUCUGUGGUACCAAAUGCCCCUCCCCCAGGAAAUUCUUGACAGGGGUGAAGGGUGCAGGGAUCUGUGGGUCAAUGCCCAUCUCAUUGCAUAUGAUAGAAUUAGCAUAUCUACAAGUGUAUUUUAGGUGCCAUAGUAUUUAUGGAGGAUAAGGGGAUGCAGUGAGGGGUAGGGGCCUGGUGAUACUUGGGUGCGCACCACCUGUCACUUUCAUAGGCGCAAAAAAAAACCCAAACGAAACCCUGCUAAACCCAUCAGUCAGAUUUGCAGAGACCCCACAAACUCAUAUUUUCCCCUCUCUGAAUGUGAGCUUGGAAGCAAAACUCCCAGAGAAGCAGCAAAUUCUAGACUGAACCAAAGAUCAGGAGACCAGAACUCUCAAAUUCUAAUCUCGCUCUAGCACUGAUCUGCUGUGUGGCCUUGGCCAAGUCAAUUAACCUCAGUCUCCCUCCCAGUCUAAAAUGGAGAUAAUAAUACUUCUCUACCUCCCAAAGGCUUCUGUUGUUAACCUCAGUACAGUGCAUUGUUGUGCAAAGUGUUGUAUGUGAUACAUGGUCACAGUUCUUGGGGUAUGGCUGAGGAGGCUAAUUGUCCAGAGCCACAUUUUGGCUGGAUCUUUCUGAUGAUAUUGUAGCUGAGACCCUCCUUCCAAAAGUGGGGCCUCAUCACUGGAACACACGCAUACAACGUGGAAGGGGAGGAGAAAAUCAGUGGAGGAAGGACAAACAUAAUCAUGCACUCUGUUGGGAUGGGGCAGAGAGGGAGGGGCAUGAAGAGAGGCAUUUGGGACUAAGAGAGAUUCACCAGUGUGUCACUCCGGUUUUAUGUCACUGCUGAUCUCAGUGGAGUUUCACCAGCUCAGAAGUGGACUAACUCAGUGGUGAAUCAAGUCCAUAGCUUCAAUAAAUGAAAAUGAGUUGAGAGAGAGGCUGCUAGGCCACAAAUUGCUGUUAAAAAGGCAGUUGGGCUUUGGGGGGAAUAAAGAUACAUGGACAAGGAGAGCAAAUAGUUCAGGGACUGUGUAAAAAGCUGGUGGCAAAUAUAAUGCAGAGAUAGUAUUUACAAUUGUCCUACUCUUUCCUUCUAUCCUCUUACUAAGAACUUUGUUUCAGAGCAGAACACAUUGCGCAGACCCCUGCUACCAGCCAAAGGAUUUUAAACAAUGUUUUAAAUUACACGUACCAUUAAUGAACCAUACUGUGAGAGCAAUGAGUGUCUCCGGCUUGUGGCUAGUGUUCCACUUCUUGGCUGAUUGAAGCAUUCAGCCUAGUUCUUCACACUGUGCAGGAGAAAUUUCCAAAGGCAGAAAGGGAGUCACGCCCCCAACUUCCAAUGUUUCAGGUGCCUAAUCACCCUUUGUGCCUUUGAAAAUCCCAAAUGGCGUGACUUUGAACUGUGAACAACAUAAUCUGUCUCUCUCUUAUUCACUGCUGCAUUUCGGUUUCUUUAUAGCAUUCUUUGGCUGAAAUCCCCACCCCUUUCCUUGUAUCAUAUCUACUGCAUUCAUGAGUUAAAGGGGUCACUGCCAACUAGUGCAGACUCCAAUUUCUGUUUUGUCCUGGGGUUUUUUGGUUGGGGUUGGGGAUGCAGAAAGUGUUUAUAAAAAUUAAUAUGGAGAGAAAUAUUUUUGAGACUUUUUAAAGUCAAUCAAAAGCAGCUGUAUUGGGAAGGUUAAGCCUUCCCUGUCAUUGUUGGAAACCCAAAGUCACCAGCACUUUGCUGGUGCCUGAGAACCAAGAAGUAAAAAUGACUGAAAGAGAAAAUAAGUAAUCAAGCUUAUUUGCUGUCAGAGCUGAAAUUGGAAUAGUAUAAUUGAUUUAAGUCUGUUUGAUUUUUAAGAUUCUUCUCAUUUUAAUAAGACUAAGUAGUGUUAGUAAUACUGCUAAAAGCUUUAUUUUAACAUUUUUAUUUUGCCUAUCCCAUACAUAGUUUUCAUGCUAUCUGACUUCACAGCUACUGUGUGUGCUAAAUAGUUAUCUUGGAGUGUGACCCAGUGUUAUAUUCAAGCAUCCAGUGUUUUUCUAAUUAUUUUUUUGGUCUUUAUAUUCCGAAGUCCUGUGAACCAAGGGCAGGACACCAGUGUCUGUGUUUGGGAUAAUUUUGCUUAUUAAAAACCAGAAACUAAAACAUUGAGUGAUAUUUGUGCCUGCCCUACAAAUGUUUUUGUGACUUCAUUUGGUUAUGAUGCAGCAUGACUUUAGAUGCACUGAUUUAGGGUGUUCCUCAUCCCUUUCCCACCUUAGUUCCAUAGUAGGUAUUGGCACCUGGUGUCUUUAAAAAACAAUCACAUUUGGGUCUGUGCAAAGAUCUGCUCAUGUGCAGUUAGUUUUCUCUGCUGGUUGAGCAAAGGCAAGUGCUCCUUUGGCCAGGGGAUCAACUAGCGCGUGUGUGUGUGUGUGUGUGUGUGUGUGUGUGUGUGUGUGUGUGUGUGUGUGUGUGUGUGUGUGUGUGUGUGUGUGUGUGUGUGUGUGUGUGUGUGUGUGUGUGCGCGCGCGCGCACCACUGCCCUCUAUUGGAUAGCAUAUCAAACCUCCUUAUCAGUACUGCUGGCUGUGCCCUUGAACUGCUCCCUAGGCAGAAGGUCAGGAUUUCUGUUUCCUGAUACUGCAGUUGAGUUGGUUAAUGGACCAUGCUGCCUUUGCAUCUUCAGACAGACACAGAUCAUUACAGGGCAAGGGAGACACAUCAUUGCCUGCCAGCACAGUCUCCCCUGCAAGAAACAGACCUAGCUUUCAGCCAAACUUUUUGUCUCCCAAUCAUUCAGGUUGGGGCUGCUUAUUCUUUUAUCCCCUCCCCCGCUUCACUAUUCUUAAACAGUGAAAAUCUCUGUCCAGAACAGAAUUUCUAGCAAAAGAGGAUUGAGUAUUUUAAAGUUUGGUGGCUGUCCCUCUGAAGGUAUUCAAGAUGCUGUCUUUUGCAAUAAAUCUUUAGUACAAUAAGAAAAGCUCUUUCUGUCAUAUACAGGAGGAAAAUGCUUGAUAACUUUUCAGUAAUAGAGGGAGACUGGUGGUUCUUCAUGAGCUCUGCCAAAGAUUGGGUCUGUUCCUGCCAAAGUAAUAAUUGACGUCGUACUCUUCUGAGGAAGGGUUUUCAUCUCCAGACCUGUUUGCUUUAUAGCUUUAUUUACCUACACUUUGUUGUAAAAAAAAAUGAAACAAAAAAACAAAACCACUAUGAUGUUUACCACUUGGUUCAAAUUGAGACGGCGGUUAGUAACCAAAAUAUGUCAUCUGGUGGACCCAUGUGAAUUUAGGGUUCCAGACUAUUUCCCAGUGGCAUACUUGUUCCCAGCCAAUUGCAGUGGUUUUUUGUGAUGUUUUAGUCAAGAGGCCUAAGGUUCAAAUAGCCAUGGAGACUGACCUGCUUGCUCACCCAUACAGGUGGCAUUUCCAGAUCAGUAACAGGAGGUGAUGGUCGGAAGCUUGCACCGAUGGUGUAUUUGGUCUGUGGAUUAAGUAGAGAUGAGUCUCCAGUGCUGCUAAUCUAGCAUCUUUCGCCAGCACCAAAUUAACUUGUAAAGUCUGUACAAUUUAACAAAGAACACUAAAAACAACUUGUAGUAUGUUUCUCUCUAGUUAUCUUGAAGUGUUUAAGUACUUUAAGUAGAUAUUAUAUUUUUUUAAAGAAGGCAGUUUUGCAUGGCCUUUAUUUUACAUAAAAACAGUAUAUUAUUGUGCAUUUAAUUGUUAACAUUUGUAUUUUAAGCUAGUAAUGCUAAAUAAACAGUUUUUGAAUUUG